AACCGGGAAACUGUCAGAAAAUAAUUUCCCCGUUGAAAACCGUUUUUGUUAGAUAAUUAUUAGUUUUGAAUAAUGUUUGUGUUUUUCUACUUAUUAUACAAACUUUUAUUGAAUUAUUUUAAGCACUGAUGUUAGAUUUGUUCUUCGAGAGUUGUUAAAACUUGGGAAAUGAGUCGGAAAUCAAGCCAAAAUCCGACUCGGACUCCAAGCCGAGAGGAAAACGAAGCCGGACUGAGUAAUGAGAAUACCAAUCAAAGCAGCACACCACAUCGUAGUCCGAGAGACAGGCGGAGCGCUCAAAGCCUGCUUGGAGCCAUUGAACCAAGGGACCAGCGAAGACACGGGGCGCCUGCGAGUCACGGCCCCGCUCUUUAUGAAGUAAAAGCCACAUGGGAGGAGGCGAAAAACUAUGACUUCAACGCGGAGAGGGGACCGAACCGAAAAACUGUCUCCGUCAUCGAGUCAAUCGGGCACUUGAUCAAAAGUUGCCUGGGUGGAGGCAUAGUCGCCAUCCAUGAGGCGUACAAGACUUGUGGUCUGUGGACGGCGGUGGUGCUAAACGUGUUUCUGGGUUUCUGUGUCGCCUAUUGUAUGUAUAUACUAGCGAGGUCCGCACAAAGAAUGUACGGAAGAGUGAAAGUACCCAAGAUGACAUACCCUGAUUUGGCGCAGGCCUCCUUGCAAGUCGGACCCUGGCCAAAAUUGAGGAGAUUUGCCAUGUGUUUCCGCUACGCUGUAGAUACUACCAUCACAGCUGAUCUCUUCGGAUCCUGCUGCGUUUAUCAAGUCAUCAUAGCGACAACCAUCAAGCAACUAUGCGAAGGAAGAGACGAAGUCACUAUGGAGGGCAACCCACCCAUAAGAGUUUAUAUUAUUGCUCUCCUCAUACCCUGUAUACUGAUCUGCAUGAUCCUGACUUUGAAGUACCUUGCACCGUUCUCUUUGGUUGCAGACGCUUUCAUCAUCACUGUCGCGUGCGCAACAAUAUACUACGGUGUGAAGCAUGCUGAGAAAAGUCCUACGGAGUUCGAAGUAUUCAAGACUGUACCAGGACUAUUCGAGUUCAUGGGCGUGUGCGUGUUUAGCAUGGAAGGCGUUGGAGUAACCCUGGCAGUCGAGAACAGCAUGACGCAUCCGAAGAAAAUACCGCUGGUUCUUUUUGGAGGCAUGUCUGUUGUGGUGGCAAUGGUGAUGAUAGUGGGUUUCUUUGGCUACUGGGGCUUCGGAGAAAAAAGCAAAUCACCAGUCACAGUAAAUUUCCCUUGGGAAGUAUUCCCAGUGAUACUAAAAGUGUUCAUGGCGCUAAUGAUUUACGUGACGUUCGCGCUCAACUUCUGGGUACCGUUCGAGCUGGUGUGGCACUAUUUGAAGAGACGCCAUCCCCCGGAAAAGUUCUGGUUCUGGGAGCGUGUGUACAGGGCGGGGUUCGUGAUAGGGAUCACGCUCAUUGCCACCGCCUUCCCUAACGUCUCCAAGCUUAUUGGACUGAUUGGAUCUUUCUGCUUGUCCAGCAUGGGCUUCAUAUUCCCCGCGUUCAUCGAGCUGAGUUUGGACUGGGAGUACCCUGGGCUUGGCUACAUGAAGUGGAGGCUCAUCAAGUUUAUCGUUAUCUUGAUAUUCGGCAGUAUAUUGUGCGUCGUGGGCACAAUACAGAACGCAAAGGAGUUGAUUAUAGCUGUCUUCGUCACAAAAGAUUAAUGACACCUAUUGAGAACUGUAGCUUUGUAAAAUGCACUUUUGAGUUAUUUCUCAGGGGUUACUAUUGUUCUCAAAAUAAUGAGACGUUCAGCUUUGUCAAAUAUUCAUGUAAAGCAUAAUUUCAGAACGCAAAGGAGUUGAUGUCGCUAUAAAUCAAUUAAUCCCUGCACACACAAAUGUCUUAAAAAUUACUUUAUUUUUUCUAUGACCGACUAGUUUUACUUGGAAUUUAGAAUAAAUUUAUUGACAUUUAA